CGGAUCUGCGCUGAGCUGCUGUAUCCCGGAGCUCGUGCCCCCGCCGCUGCGAUGCCGCUGGAGAACCUGGAGGAGGAGGGCCUGCCCAAGAACCCCGACCUGCGCAUCGCGCAGCUGCGCUUCCUGCUCAGCCUGCCGGAGCACCGCGGGGACGCGGCCGUGCGCGACGAGCUGAUGGCGGCCGUCCGCGACAACAAGUCUUGGAACGGAAGCCGUCAAGAGGCAAACCAAGGACUGCCCCCCGCCAGCCCCAGUGGAGGUUGGCGGUGCCGGGAUUGGCCCCGAUGCAAACCUCCCAGCAGCAAAAGUUUAGGUUUUGCCAAGCCUUUUAGCAAGCUCUGUCCCAUUCCCUCCUACAUGGCCCCGUAUUACGAAGCCUUGUGCAAAUCCCUUGACUGGCAGAUGGACAUGGACUUGCUCAAUAAAAUGAAGAAGGCAAAUGAAGAAGAGUUGAAACGUUUGGACGAGGAGCUGGAAGAUGCAGAGAAGAAUCUGGGAGAGAGUGAAAUCCGCGAUGCAAUGAUGGCAAAGGCUGAGUACCUCUGCCGGAUAGGUGACAAGGAGGGAGCUCUCACAGCCUUUCGGAAGACAUAUGAUAAAACUGUGGCCUUGGGUCACCGACUGGAUAUUGUGUUCUAUCUCCUCAGGAUCGGCUUAUUUUAUAUGGAUAAUGAUCUCAUCACCCGAAACACAGAGAAGGCCAAAAGCUUAAUAGAGGAAGGAGGAGACUGGGACAGGAGAAACCGCCUAAAAGUGUAUCAGGGUCUUUAUUGUGUGGCUAUUCGUGAUUUCAAACAGGCAGCUGAACUCUUCCUUGACACCGUUUCAACAUUUACGUCCUAUGAACUCAUGGAUUAUAAAACCUUUGUGACGUAUACCGUCUAUGUCAGCAUGAUUGCCUUAGAAAGACCAGAUCUCAGGGAAAAGGUUAUUAAAGGAGCAGAGAUUCUUGAAGUGUUGCACAGUCUUCCAGCAGUUCGGCAGUACCUGUUUUCACUCUAUGAAUGUCGUUACUCAGUUUUCUUCCAAUCAUUAGCCAUUGUGGAACAGGAAAUGAAAAAGGACUGGCUUUUUGCUCCUCAUUAUCGGUAUUAUGUGAGAGAAAUGAGAAUUCAUGCAUACAGCCAGCUGCUGGAAUCAUACAGGUCAUUAACUCUUGGCUAUAUGGCAGAAGCCUUUGGCGUUGGUGUGGAAUUCAUUGAUCAGGAACUCUCCAGAUUUAUUGCUGCUGGGAGACUACACUGCAAAAUAGAUAAAGUGAAUGAAAUAGUGGAAACCAACAGACCUGAUAGCAAGAACUGGCAGUACCAAGAAACUAUCAAGAAAGGAGAUCUGCUACUAAACAGAGUUCAGAAACUUUCCAGAGUAAUUAAUAUGUAAAACCAUGGAAACAAAGGAUUUCCUUUAGAGAUAAUUAUUUGGAAUUUUUAUAGCUUAUUUCACUAUGUGCCCAGUUCAACUGUAUAAAAUAAAUACUGCAUUGUUGUUUCUUUCA